GAAAGCCACGUCCGGAAGUAGCGAAUGUAAGGCUUCGGUUACUAGCUUCACUGUGGUUAAGUGGGGAAUGCACACGAUCACUUGUGAAGGACGGGGAGAAAUUCAGUCGCCACUCGCUACACUUUCCCUUUUCUUAACCUCUUGGCGCCGUAAGAUAAUAGUUGGCAGCGCUCCAGAUCAUGUCUGGGCAGAGGAAAGGUGCUGCAGCUCGCCUCCCUAAAUGCGCCUUCUGUCGAACCAGCAGGGAAAAAGACUGCGGGCAGCUGCUAGUGUCUGAUAGCCAGAAGGUGGCAGCCCACCACAAGUGCAUGCUUUUCUCCUCUGCUCUGGUGUCAUCACACUCAGAUAAUGAAAACAUUGGAGGAUUUUCUGUUGAAGAUGUCAAGAAGGAGAUCAAAAGGGGAAACAAAUUGAUGUGUUCAUCAUGUCAUCGGCCGGGUGCUACUAUUGGCUGUGAUGUGAAUACGUGCCGGAGGACUUACCACUACUACUGCGCUGUAAAGGACAAAGCCCAGGUUAAAGAGAAUGCAUCACAAGGAACUUACCUAGUUUACUGCCGCAAACAUCGGGAUGCUUCUCGAGAUGGCAUUGAAGGCAAGUCUGUCCACAAUGUUAAUUAUGAAGAGGAAGGUGUGGCCAAUGACUCGGACUCCUCACCGCCACAAAAUAGGGGCAGAGGAAGAUUUGAGAAGGGCAGAAGCAAGGUUCGUGGCCAGUCAGAAGACACCCGCUCUACCUCCUCCCAGGCUGCAGACGAGGAGACUUCCUCACAUCGGGAGAGGUCACCCCUUAGGGCCAGUCCGGCUGAUGGCGGGCAGCGCUGUGGCUUCUGCCAUGCUGGUGAUGAAGAAAACGAAACGAGGGGCGUACUUCAUACCGAUAACUCCAAAAAAGUGGCUGCUCACUACAAAUGCAUGCUUUUUUCGUCUGGGACAGUUCAGCUGACCACCACAUCACGGGCGGAAUUCGGGAACUUUGAUGUGAAAACCGUAAUCCAAGAGAUAAAGAGAGGGAAAAGAAUGAAAUGCACACUUUGCACCCAGCUGGGUGCAACCAUUGGCUGUGAGAUCAAAGCCUGUGUGAAGACUUACCACUAUCACUGCGGUCUGCAGGACAAAGCAAAGUACAUUGAGAACAUGGCACGCGGAAUCUACAAACUAUAUUGUAAGAACCACAGUGGCAAUGAGGAACGGGAUGAGGAAGAUGAAGAACGAGAGAAUCGCAGUAGAGAAAGAGCAGCGAUCGACCACGGAGGAACACCGUCAAUGCAAGUGAAUGGCAACUAGUUACAAUGUUUGACCGCAGUGCAAACAGCAAAACUUGUCGGGGGAGCUAUGCGUUUUUCUACAAAAUCUCAGCCUACUCUCAACGCUGUGGUCUUUAGUUUCCCAUCAAUUGUCCUCAGCACCUCGCCCUCCCAAAUAAACGGAUGCCAUGCAUUGAGACUAGAUGAGCUUUUCACGCACUGGUGAUACCCACAGAGCAUGGACUCGUGCAAAAUUGUGUUGAAAAGCCAAAGGUUAACUUUCACAAGAGAGUCAUGUGGACAUAUCUUCAACCGUCUUCUGCUACUGUCAUGACUGAAGUUCUAAUUGCCACCCCACAGACCACUACACUUGAUGAAACCAUAUUGUUCCUUUUCCCUCACUGCAAUAGCUGUCACCAGUCUCUCCCAAGUUGUGCAGUUUUAUCAUUUUGUUUUGUUCAUCAUAUUUUUCGAAAUCUCUUCAUGUUAGCCUUUCUUUCUUGAUACGUAACACAUUUGCUACUGUGUAAUCAUCGUGAGUAAUUUUGAAUGUUUGGAUAUCUGAUGGGCACAAGUCCAAGUUUUACUGGCAUGCACUUGCAUUUGUCCACAUUUAAUGGUGGAUUCUUGGUUUUCUGUUUAGCCGCAAAAGAGCUCAGUACAAGGCUCUUCAGGAAAGUUGGCUUGACUUUGUUUGGUGUGAUGUUACAUGUAUCUCUACAAAUAUAUCCAAUCGUUUUUGGAAAUAGAAAAUGUUUUGUAUUUUACAUGUUUACUGAAAAAAACGUGGUCUUCUUAUUUGACUGUUCGGAAAAAAAAACCUUCUCAUGUAGCUGGUAACUCGAUGCUCCGCUUCCAAGAGAGGAAUGUCACACCAGCCAAAGUAUCAUGAAGUCACUGUGUAUCUUUGUGAAUUUAGUUUUACAUUCUUGAAUCUGACUGAAGCUUAUCAUGCUCACCUGGAACAUUCAUUCUGCCUUUUUAGUAUUUUCAAUAAAUUGAUUUGUGCAUUUUAAUUCAUGUAAAUGCACAGAUGUCUCUUUGCA